AUGUACACAGACUGCAUAACUAAAAAGCAAAUAUUUUGUGUGGUAUUUUCUACUGAAGAUAUCCCAGUGUUUCACGUUAUUUUGUUUGUUUUGGAGCGAUGUCAGACUGCCACAGUCACAGUCAUUGGUCUGUGGGCACUUCUUCUUUGUAUCAGACAUUAGAUGAACUUGAUUUUGAGCGUGGAAUUUGGUAUGCAGCCCAACAUGAUGACCUAGAACGUGUGGAGAAGUUGUUGAAUCAGGGUGUCUCUCCAGAUGUUCAAGAUUCAGCUGGUUACUUCGCAUUACAUUAUGCUGCUCGUGCAGGUCAUGAUCGCAUCUGCUGUUGUCUGUUGGCUGCUGGAGCUACGGUAGAUGCUGUUACAAGAGCAGGACAGGCCACUGCUCUUCAUCGAGCCUCUUCAGCUGGCCAUGAUUCCGUAGUAACUUUACUGCUGAAAUCUGGUAGUAAUUCAGGACUCAGAGAUGCUGAUGGCAAGACAGCUUUGCAUAGGGCUGUUGAACAGGGUCAUGUUGGUAUAGUUAAAAUUCUCUUGGAAGGAAAUCCUGACCUCAAAUUUGUCUGUGACAUGAAAAACAAGUUGCCUUUAGAUUAUGCUGCAAAGAAUGAGGAAGUAAUUGCUUUGCUUGCUUGAAGGUCACAGUAAACUGCUUGACUAUAGUAACAUGACCACCUUCUUCAUGAGAAGGAAAUAGAGUUUGGAAGUAAUAUCAAAUGUAUUCCUCAGUACUGUGAUUGAUGCUUCUGUAUACUUUAUGUGAAUGUGGAAGGGCAGAACAAGCAGGGCUUGAUUUUAUUCAGUACUUCAAGGUUUUGAGCUGGGAUAGUGCAGCCAGUAUAGCAAUUGGCUAUGUGCUGGGUGACCAAUGGUUUGGAUUUCGAGUCCCAGUAGGGGCAAGAAUUUUUCUUCUCCAUGUAGUCCAGAUUGGCUCUGGGGCCCACCCAGCCUC